AUGAACGCCGCCGCCCUCCUCACCAACCAAGGCUGGCUCGGCCCAGGCCACUCCCUCGACGCCCGCCUAACAGACUACGGCGCCCCAAAAUACAAACAAAAAGGCCAUCGAGGCCUCGCAUACGAUCCAACCUCCACUCAAUCAACCACAACAACCACCAACGGCAACGGCCUCAUAAAACCACUCCUCGUCUCUCAACGCCACGGCUCCCGCCACGGCAUCGGCAAGAAAGCGCACGAACCACAGUCAGGAAACGAAUGGUGGUUGAAAGGGUUGACGAGUGCGCUGGCGAAUAUUGGGAAGAGCGAGAGUGAGCGCACGGCAUCGGCUGCGACUUCGGGGACGGGUACGCCGUUGUCGAGAGGAGGAGGUGGUGGAGGCAAUAAUGGUGGGUUGUAUGGAUAUUUCGUGGCUGGGCAGGUUAUGCAGGGGACGUUGGAGAAGUGGAAUGAGCAGCAGGAGCAGGAGAAGCACAGGGCGAAGAAGAAGAGGAAGAGUGAUGUGCUCGAGGAAGAAGCAGAAGAGGACACAACUCAGCAGAAGGACCCACUAGCUGUCAAACCCGUCAAGAGAAUACAGACAGUAAAAGAGUUAGAAACCAGUCUCCCGUACCUAGCCGAAAGGGAAAAAGGCCGCGCAAGAAAACACAAGAAAACCCCGAGUACCGACAUCGAGCAAUUCACUGCAAUGGGACAGUUCUUCGCCAUCGGUGUUGGACAAGAUCUUUCCAAAAAGAACAACAACGCUAGAGUCAAGCAUGCCUCUGUCCCAUCAGAAAACGUCUCCGAAAGCGAAGAUCAGAAAAGCAAAGAAGAACGUCGCCUCAGACGUAAGCGUCGGAAAGAGGAGGAACAAGAGCGCCGUGACCUGAGGCUAGCGCGGAUGGUUGAGGAAGAGCUUGCGAAGCUCAACUCGACGAGUAAUAGUAGUGAAAAUAUGUCAGAGGUUGAGAAUGGUUCUGGUGGAGAGAGAACAAGGCGGAAGGCGGAGCGGAAGAAGAAGAAGAGGAAGAAGCGCGAACGGGAGCGGGAAGGAAGGAAAGAUGAGGGAUAG